AUGACACCACGCAAGUCUUCUUAUCCAUUCGUGGCUCAGGCUGAAACAUUACUUAUAUAUGGAAUAUUUUUAUUUCUAACUGGUUUAGCACAAAUCUGUGUAACGAUAAGUCAUCGAUAUAUUAUUGCAAGAAAUAAUCAUCAUAAUGAUAAUAUCAACAUUCUCAGCUUUCUUCCAGUUACAUUUACUUUAGUUGAUAUGCAUUUGUGGUAUAUUUAUCCAUCAGCCACACUAACCAUCAUCCCAUUUGUCGCUUGCGUGAUCUAUGCUUUAUUCAAACGGCAAUCUAUGGCUAUACUUAUUUGUAUAUCAUCAUUGAUUAGUUUCAUCUCAUCAUCAGUUUAUGUUGGUCUUCUUAUUGCACAUACACUCGAAUACUGGCAAACAUUAGCAUCAUAUCGUUAUAAAAAUACUCAAUCUACAACGCCACUAGCACGUUUACUUGUACCAUUUAAUGAACCGUCGACAUAUGCUAAUUUAGCGCUUUUAAUCACAUUUACACUAGCACUUGUUCAAGCACUUUUGUCUAUGAUUGGAGCAGUUAUUUCAUGUAUUUGGUCACCAUGUUGUAUGAGUUUAACGCCUAUUUAUGCACCAAUAUCUACCACUUCACAUUAUGCUCAAACAACACCACAUCGACAUGAGACUCCUCAAUCAUCAACCUUGCGAAGUGUUAAACGUCAACAGCAGCAGCAGCAGGAUACUCAUCGAUUCAUUACACACAAUGGACAUCAAGAUAUGAUGCUUAACGGUUGCCUACAUAAAAAUUCAACUAUGCGAAGUCAUUAUGAUCAUGUUUAA